AUGUUUAUCAGGGAAGGUGUCGGCGGUGGUAGAAUCAACGUCCUCGUGACCAGCUUCGCCGGCACCGGUCUCCCGUCCACGCUAUCCCUGGCGCUGCCACCAUGGACAACCAUCAGCGAACUGCGGUCGGAGCUCGACGGGCGGCUCCCGCCGUCCAUGGCCAGCACGCAGGCGCGGCUACUCGUGACGACGCUAUCGAGCCAGCACCUGCCGACGGCGUCCACGGCGCCCAUCUCAGGGCUGCUCUCGAGCGGGGACGACGACUUCCUGUCGCUACGCAUCUCAGUGCCGCUGUGCGGCGGCAAGGGUGGGUUCGGGUCGCAGCUGCGGGCGGCGGGCGGACGCAUGUCGUCGAAGCGCAAGAAGAACGCGGCGGGCGAGGAGAACGGGUCGAGCCGCAACCUGGACGGGCGGCGGCUGCGCACCGUGACCGAGGCCAAGGCGCUAGCCGAGUACCUGGCCGUCAAGCCGGACAUGGACCGCAAGGAGAAGGAGAAGCGCCGGCAGCGGUGGCAGGAGAUUGUCGACAUGACGGAGCGCAAGCAGGACGAGAUCCGGCGGGGCGGCGGGCCACUCACAGGUGCCGCCGGGCUUGACGGCAAGUGGGUCGAGGCCAAGGAGGAGACGGGCGAGCGCACGCGCGAGGCCGUGCUCGCCGCCCUCAAAGCCGGCAACUACAAGGACAACCUUGUGCUGGGCGAGUCUCCGCCCCUCGCCUCGUCUUCUGCGUCAUCUCCAACCGGAGGGAAGGACGCGGUUAUGAGGGACGACGACGAUGAAGAUGAAGAGGACGACGAAAGUGGCGAGUCAAAAGCCACCACGCCACCUUCAGAGCCGGAAUUCACCAACAAAGCAAAGGCACGGACCUUUUUCGGGUUUGACGAAGACGACGAGUUCAUGAGCUCGGACGACGACGAGGAGGAGGAAGUCAAAGGUAAAGGCAAAGGGAAAGCUGCCAAGUGA